AUGAAACGUCAUUACGGAUUGGCCUCCCCAAGCACAUCACACUAUGCAGAAAGUGACCUGAGUGAUAGCGAAUCCACUGCGAGUGCCGAAGAAAUACCAACUCUAUCGGAUACCGAGUUUGUUUCUGAGCAAGAGGACAUUAUGAUGCUUGAUGCAGACAAUGAUUACGACGAUGGAUCGAUGUCCGAUGAAAAUUGCGAGGAAGAUGAUUUCGAAGACGAGCCAUAUGACAGCGAUAUUGAGCAAAUCGAAGACGACAUCGAGCUUGUACCUGCAUUCGACGAGAUUGAUUCGGGCACCGAUCACUCUUCUUCAGGAGCACUUAUUGGCGUAUUACAUGGCGAGCAAGGCGCUACGAUGAGAUUUGCAUUCCUAGGCUUCUUUCGCGGGAAAGGAUACACUGAUCAGAAUUCCUUUACGGUGUGGAUCAAGUUACGAAGCACUAGCUUUGUAUGGCUGGGAUCGUUUCUACGUCGCUGCGGCAUCGAGUCUCCUAGCCUGAGAUUUGUAUCCACGGGUUUCAACACCAAACUCAAAGCUGCAUUGAAUGGCAACGUUUUAUUUCGAACUUGCAAUCCGAUAUUAUACGAGCAACUUCACAUCCUCGGCAGCAGCAAAGUCAAGGACUCGGACCUUGAUACUUUGGCAUCCUUGUUCCCGGAAGCAGAUCCUGACAGGCAAUACGCAAUCCUUGUGUACUUUUUGGGAUUCUUUAUGGCCAGCGGACAUGUGCACUGGUUGCGAGGAAGAGAUGGAUUGACAAUACGAUAUUCAAGCAUCAUGUUCACGCGGCGUAACGUACCUUUUCUGGAAUUCCUGGAAGAUGCCUUGCGUAGCAUUGGGUUUGAUCGGGUUCAUUUGGCUGGAGUUCGCCUUACUAUUUAUUCGACACCAAUCAACAACAAGCUUCUUACCAACGCAAUCAGCAUCUAUCGCGAGCACAAUAUCCCUUUCGAUCAAAAGCUCUCCUUACUUGACGCGCUGUUAUCUGGAAAAGAGGUCUUGCUGAAGGAUGUCAUGAACCAAAUGACCUUUUAUGACUUCUUGGGAUACGACAAUAUGGAGAAGACGUUUGCCAGGGUGAUUGCCCAGGAUUUAUAUCCGUUACGCAUACAAGGUCUGAACGACAUCCUCAAAGCUGCUGGUCUCCCUAUGGUUAAGCACAUGGAUGAUUUCGAUAUGGAUCGCUUUAUAGCGCAAGUGGAGACUCUCUGGGCAUCAGCACACGACUCCAUGGGACAAGGGAUUGAACCCUCUGAACAAGCAAUGUUCCUCAAUUACAUUCGCUCGUGUUUUGAACGCCAAAUGGACCAAGUUCCAAUCGAUCAUGCUCCCCGUAAGCCAAUCAUUCGAUGUGAGCAAUGUGGAUCCUGCUUCGUACGAACCAACUCAUUACAGAAUCACAUUCGGGAUAAGCAUAUGGGACUGGAAUUCCCUUGUCGCCACGCUGGUUGUGAUAAAGUAUACAGCAAUCACAGAAGUCGUUUGAGACAUGAAAAGCAAGCACACACUGAUCAAGUGGAUUGCCCUGAAUGCGGCCAACAACUUCACGAAUCGGCGUUGGAAAACCAUAUGUUGCAUGAGCACAACCCAAAUAACGAGUUUGUUUGUGACAUUGAUACAUGCAAGAAACGGUUUACAACACAAGGAUCCUUGACUCGUCAUCGAAAGGUGCUCCAUAAGGAUUCGUUUACGAGCUGCUCUUUAUGUGGAGACGACGUUUGGAGUAGCGAGGUGGAAAUGAAAAACCAUCUUGAUCGUUGGCAUAAUCCAGCGGCUCCAUACCUUUGCGAUAUCUGUCACAAGCGAUAUUCUAGGAAGGAUACUGUCACCAGACACAAGCGAAACGUUCAUGCAAAACGUCAAAAGCAAAGCAUUGGCUGA